AUGCCCGUGUCAUCCAAGACCUUUAUCGCCCGGUUGCCCGCCUGUGUCUCGCUGGACGACGACAUCAGGGAUUACCUGGCAUCCAUCAUCGACGCACAGUCCUUCACCACCGUGGACGACCUUCGCGAAGAGACCGAGCACUUCCUCGUCGACAGUGGACUCGAGGACGCUGCCCUUGAUACCUUCUAUACCUCCCUCCACGACCUCUUUACUAGCGCAACUUCAACAUCUUCCUCUUCUUCCGCCAACCCCAGCAACCUCGUCAAGAUCGAUAACGCCCUCAACAACCUCUCUGUCAACGACGACGACGACAGUAACGAGGACUCGAGCGAGCAGGACAACAAGCAGUCGUCAUCCGCAUCAGCAGGCACCAAGAAGCCCUUCAAAUCCAAGCCCGUCAAAAUGUCCAAGGCUGCAAAGAAGCUCGCCUCAAAGUCAUCCGCAGGAGCAUCGGCAGCCUCAUCCGCCCCCGGAUCACCCGUCCCCGGAAAGGACGCCUUUGUAGGCGACACGUCCGUUUUAGAGGCUUAUUCGCAGCAGUCGCGAUUCCACGAGGAGACGCUCGAAACUUUGUCCAAGGAGGUAGAUCUCAAGCAAGUCAACAUCACCAUUGGCGAGCGGCCUCUUCUAAAGGACGCCCGACUCUGGUUCAAGUCUGGAACCAUGUACGGACUCAUCGGUCGCAAUGGAACAGGAAAGUCAACUCUGCUCAAGUCGAUCGGAUAUGGUCAAUUGAUCGGCUUCCCGCUCAAUCUCCGCACCCUUUACAUUGAACAGCUGUCCUCCGAUACUCCCGAGGACCAGACCGUUGUCGAGACGGUCUUGAAGGCCGAUACCGAGCGCACCCUCCUCAUGGCCGAGUCGAAGCUCCUCCAGCAGGCGGUCAACAAGUACCCGAAGCAGUUGGUCAAGAGCAUCAAGAAGCUGGAGUGGGAGCGCAUGAAGGUCAAGCUGGCGGCUCAACAAAAGCUGGCGAUCCGUCGAAGUGGCAAGCGCGGAGCCGAGGCUCGUGAGCUGUUGCUCGUUGUCGAAGAAGAGGAGAAGGACGCCAAGAAGGCCUUUGAGGAUGUCCCCAUUGAAGGUGUAGAGCCCUCGAUCGAUACCUUGAACCAGGCCCACGAGAUGAUGGAGUCUGUCUUCAGCAAGUUGCAGCAGAUCGAGGCCGAGUCUGCCGAGUCCAGGGCUCGCGAGUUGUUGAGGGGUCUUGGAUUUACGCCCGCCAACCAGGAUUUGCCCAUCAGGCAGUUCUCUGGAGGAUGGAAGAUGAGAAUCGCUCUUGCCACGGCCCUGUUCUUGAAACCCGACUUGCUCCUCUUGGAUGAGCCCACUAACCAUUUGGACUUGCCUGCUAUCAUUUGGCUCCAGAACUACCUCUUGGAGAACAUUGGUGAGGAUCAGACCGUGGUGGUUGUUUCUCACGACCGCAGCUUUUUGAACACUGUCUCCCAGGAGAUCAUUCGUCUUCGCGACUGCCAGUUGGAAUACUUCCCUGGAAACUACGACGAAUACGAGAUGAAGAUGGAGGACAAGGCCAAGAUGAAGGACCGUAUCGCCGAUGCCUUGGAGAAGAAGAGGAAGCAUGUUCGGGACACCAUCAACAAGCAGCGCUCCAUCAUGAGCAAGACUGGAGACGAUAAGCGUGGCGCCGUCAUCGCCUCGCGCCAGAAGAAACUGACCCGAUUGGCUGGACAUAACAAGCUUGAGAACGGCAAGCGGUUGAAGCAGUCGUAUGUCCAUGGUUACCAUCUGGCCCUGGGAAUUGCCGUCGUGCGCGAGGCGCCCGAGCCCCCCGUCACAAUCCCCUUGCCCAGCCCUAUGGAGCUCCGCGGCAACCCUACAACCUUAAUCUCGCUCAACAAUGUCACCUACUCCUACCCUGGUGCCCCUGCCCGCAAGACCGGCCCUGUCAUCCAGAACAUUAGCCUCUCGCUUCACCACUCGUCGAGAAUAGCGCUCUUGGGACCCAACGGAUGCGGAAAGUCGACCCUGAUGUCGUUGCUCUCGGGCGAGGCUGUGCCCACCUCUGGAACUGUCGAACGGUUCUCGUCGCUAGUCAAGGUUGGCUAUUUCUCGCAGCACAACGUUGACAAGCUGGACGGAUAUGCGACCAAGUCGGCGGUGCAGUACCUGAUGGACGAGUUCCCCGAGGAUUACAAGUCCCAGCCGGUGGCUCGCAAGUACCUUGGCUCGUUUGGUGUUGCCGGUCAGGUUGCGGUCUUGCCGAUGUCGACGCUUUCUGGAGGACAGAAAGCUCGUGUUGCUCUGGCGAUCUGUGUCCACGGUGGACCCCAAGUGUUGUUGCUGGAUGAGAUCACCAACCAUUUGGACAUGGCGACUAUUCAGGGACUGAUUGUUGCGCUUAAGGAGUACACCGGCGCCGUUGUCCUGGUCUCUCACGACGCUUACUUUGUCAAGGCUGUCUGCGAGGACGACGACGAAGACGAGAGCGAUGAGGAGGACGAGGAUGAAAUGUUGAGGGCCCAAGAGGAGGCCGGAGUUGUUUACCGAGUCAAGGGCGGCAAGUUGAUCCGUCUUGAGGGCGGUGUUGACGAGUAUGUCAAGACUGUUGUUACUGAGAACAAGAAGGGUAUGCGCAGUGGAGGCGGCCGUCCCAUCUAA